UAAAUAAAAAAAAACAAAAAAAAAACAAGACUACAAUUAAAACGAAUAGUUUAAGAAUAUAACCUGUAGAAGUUAUUAUUGUCUCCUAUGCUUAAUAUAAAUAGUUAGAUUCUUAUCUGUACAGCUUUCAAGGCGAGAUUUUGUUUGUGAGUAGUUUUGGUGUAUGGCUUUUUAAAGAACGUGAGUCGUAGCUGAUAUUAAGUAAUGGUUUUGGAAACUUUCUAUAAGCUUCUUAAGUUAUAAGAACGAUAAGAAAUUAAAUAUAAAAUGAGUUUGAUUAAAAAAAAAUAUCAAUAGAUUGACGAAGAAUAGGAAAAAGGAGGAAAAAGAAUAAGGAAGAAAAAAGAAAAGAAGAAGAAGAAAAAAGGAUUGAAAUAACUUUCAUUUGUAGAAGUAAAAAAAAAGAAUGCAAAACAAAUUGUAGAUAAUGGUUAAAAUUUUUUGAAAAUUGUUAAAACUGAAAAUAACUUUGUAAAUGGGAAAGAUAACACUUUUUCACAAACCAUUCCUUCAGUCACAUCGAACUCAAACAGACUUACAUCUAUCGCUCAACAGACAGCUAAAGUGAAUUCAUAAAGAAUUCAUAAGAAAGUACCAUCUUUGAUCGAAAUAAUCUCAUUUAUUACAUCACAUUGAAAGCAACAGAAGGGAGUACUCAAUAUGCUGAUGUCAGCAAAAACACAGCGAUCAAGAAACAUAAGUCAUCAUAUUUUAAACAAGAGUGACGUCUGUUUUAGGAUCUUCACAAAUAAUUCUUUAGAAGACGCGAAUAAUGUUUUAAUGGCGAUAAUUUAUGCCUUUGGGUUUGUGUUUAUUUUAUUCUCGAACAUUCUCAUGAUUGUUGGAUUACUGAAAACAAACAAACAGUUGUCCAUAUCAAAGAAGUUGUUUCUCUCUCUGUCCGUGUCUGAUCUACUAACUGGAAUGUUAACAGUGCCAAUUCAGCUCUUCAUGGUAAUGAAUGGUACAGAAAGUAAUUGUACACUAGUUGCUGCUCAAGCGUUUGUCAAUGCGCUAUUCCCAAGCCUGUCCAUGCUGAUUUUAGUGAUAAUCUCUUUGUUUCGUUACGCCAUCAUCACAAAAAAUACAAAGGCUGCAAAAUUUACAACACCGGCUGCCGUAAAGUUUAUCUUUGUGCUACAAAUUUUAUUCUCAAUAGCUUACGCAACAUGGUAUACAUACGUGUCGCAAACUUUAGAUCAUGUACACCAUGCCGUGUUUUUGAUCUUUACGUCGGCGUAUGUCGUGAUCGUCGUGACGGGUAUGAUCGUGUUAAACGUGUGUUUGCUGUUUUAUAUUAAAACCACAAGUAGAACAAGCACAGUACGUUUUCAACAGAACAUAGCUCAAUAUCAUGGUAAAGUCACAAAAACCAUCCUUAUUAUAACCCUCGUCGUCAUUCUUUGUUAUUUACCACUCAUGAUUAUAUUCGCUACCAUGGGAAUAUUUCUGCUGGAUAAAAAUUCCUUUAGUGAGUACUACCAUUAUAUGAUUCCAUGGUCACAUUUACUAUUAGUUUACAAUUCGGGUAUGAAUUCGAUAGUAUAUAUAAGUCGAAAUGAGAGGAUAAUAAGGUAUUAUAAAAGGAUAAUAACAAAAACGGAUUCGUUGCUGGAAAAUUCGGAUUUAAUUAAUGAAACAUCAGCAUUGAAAGUGAAAAAUGGACACUCAGCACAUAAUCGUACUGAAAACACGCCCAUGCACUUACAACUUGUACCAGCAGCGGAAGACGAAAUCACAUCAUUGAUGAUACCAGAAAACACGAUAUUGUGACGCAGAUAUAAUCACCAACUUCGGUCCCAGUAAUGUAAACAGUUGGAUACAAUGCUGUUGGAUACAAAGACAGUGUUAUGUGGAAGUUGAUAAAUUAAUACGAAAUUUAAUAUUUUUUAUAGCAAUGUAUAUAACAAAUCCUUACACGGAAUAUAGAAUGUCGAAAUAA